CUCGAGCAGGAACCUCAGACCCCUGCCAAUGACUCCUCCGAUGCCCUGCGUCGUCAACAGAUUCAGCAGAAACGCUCCUCCCUCCCUGCGCGCCCUCAUGGUGCCGCUCGCCACGCCAAACGCUUGACCCUCAACUUUCCCAUCAACAUCCCCCCAAACACCUUCGAGCCGGGCAUCUCGACCCCCGUCUCCAUGACGCCCGUCACGCGGACUUCGACUCUGCAGUCCCCCGCGGCUCUGCCUCUCGACCCUCCGCUGCAGUUUGCCGACGACCAGGACGACGGCUCCGGUCUCUUGACGGCCAUCGCGUCGCAGGAACGCCGGGUGCUGGAGCUCCGCGAGGAGCUGUCCCGCGCCGAGACGCAGCUCGACUCGCUGAAGAAACAAUGGGCGGUGUCUGAGAAGACCAAGAAACGCACGGAGAUUAAUCAACGGGCCGAGCCCUUGAUCCCUCUCCGGUCCCCCGAUCGCCCCGGUCCCGCCGUCGACGAGAAUGCCCGCCAUUACAGAGACAGCAGCGUCGGCAGCUCCGAGAGCCCGUCGUCCGCCGCUCACCAUCCGCGAUUCAGCCGGGAGCUGGAACGCCGGCAGAGCAUGCGCGCCGCCGCCGCCAAGGGCACCUCCGUCUCGGCCAACGGCCGCCGCGUGUUCCAGGGUUCGCACACGCGGGCGUUGUCGCUGCUGUCGCCCGUCGCCGGCACGUCGACCUUCAAGCAGGAGGUGGAAGAGUCCGUCGCUCGUGUGGGCCGGCCUCCGCGAUCGGCGACGCUGCCGUCGUCCACGGAGCGCAGCCCCAUGGCCGUCGGGCACCUGGACGAAACAAACGAGCAGCUGUGGCGGUCGACGAUGCCGCCGCCGUCGCGCGAGGCGCUCGUGCGCACGGGCAAGCAGAUGGCCUCGGACCUGCGGGAGGGUCUCUGGACGUUCCUCGAGGAUAUCCGGCAGGCCACGGUCGGAGAGGAGGGGAUUAAUGCGACCGAGUCGCGGGCGAUGACGCCGGCUCGCAUGCGGGACUCGAGCUCGACGUCUCGCAGCCGAGACCGGCUGUCGGUGCAGGGAAGCAAGCCCUCGCGGUCUCCGUCGUCGUCGUCGAUGUCAACACGGAGCAAGGGCUCGGGGGCCAAAACUUCUGGUAAAGACUCUAAAUCGGCGGACAUAGAUUCGUCGUUCUGGAGUGAAUUCGGCAUUGAUCCAACUGGGCAGAAGUCCCCGAACGCUCGCGCAGCCUCCGGCACCCACACCACCAGCACCCCGAACGGAGCCGACGAUUCCAGCAAUCUCGAAGUUGACUGGGACAACAACGACUGGGACACGCCGCAGCCGAAGAAAAUGCACACCCCGUCCUCGAGUCGCUCCACGCUGGAAUCGAAACAUGACCAGUCCCCGAUGACCCAGGGCAGUAGUCCUCGGACGAGUGCCAGCUUCGGUGAUUGGCGCCCCAUCCACGAUUCCUCCAUCCCUGACCCCAGCGUGUCCGACGGCAUCCCCUGGCCCGCCAUCACCAAGGCGCCUUCGAAACUGACGCGCACCGCAUCGAACCUGAUGGCCGAAUGGGAACGCAGUCUCUCGCAGCCCAGCUCUCCGACUCUCGACAAAGACAGCAAGACCGACUAG